UUUUUUUUUUUUUUUUCUCGACUCAGAGCUCGGGCUGGUGGCUGUUUCAAUCAAAGGGAAGGCAGAGAGAGGGAUAAGGGAGGCUCUGCGGGGUGAGAUGUGAAGAUGGCAGAGCUACAAAUGUUGUUAGAGGAAGAGAUUCCGGCCGGCAAAAGAGCGCUUGUGGAGAGUUACCAAAACCUGACCAGAGUCGCGGACUACUGUGAGAACAAUUAUGUCCAGGCCCAGGACAAGAGGAAAGCUCUGGAGGAGACCAAAGCCUACACCACCCAAUCCCUGGCCAGCGUGGCCUACCAGAUCAAUGCCUUAGCCAACAAUGUGCUCCAGCUGCUGGACAUCCAGGCCUCGCAGCUGCGGCGCAUGGAGUCCUCCAUCAACCACAUCUCCCAGACGGUGGACAUCCAUAAAGAAAAGGUGGCCAGGCGGGAGAUCGGGAUCCUGACGACCAACAAGAACACGGCGAGGACCCACAAGAUCAUAGCACCAGCUAAUAUGGAGCGGCCGGUGAGGUACAUCAGGAAGCCUAUCGACUACAACGUGCUGGACGAUGUCGGCCAUGGCGUCAAGUGGCUAAAAGCCAAGCAACAUGGAAACAAUCAGGCAAUCAGAGGAGGAACACUAUCGAGGACCAACCCGCCGACGCAGAAACCACCGAGCCCUCCCAUGUCAGGGCGCGGCACGCUCGGGCGCAACGCGUCCUACAAGACUCUGGAGCCGGUGAAGCCGCCCACGGUGCCCAACGACUACAUGACCAGCCCCGCCCGGCUGGGCAGCCAGCACGGCCAGCAGCACAGCCCGGGCCGUACGGCGUCGGUCAACCAGAGGCAACGCACGCACAGUGGGAGCAGCGGGGGGAGCAGCAGCAGGGAGAACAGCGGCAGCAGCGGUAUUGGCAUUCCCAUCGCCGUGCCUACACCCUCCAUCCCGAACUCUGGACCAGUCCCGCCCAUGUUUGCUCCUCCUGGAGCCCCUCCACCUCCUCCCCCCCCUCCUCCUCCUCCUCCACCUCCUCCUUCCAUGGCUGGGUUCGGGUCCCCAGCGCCCCCGCCUCCACCUCCACCUCCGCCACUGCCGUCAACUUUAGUGGUGGCCCCGGGGCCUGGUCUGGGCCCUAUUCCAAUGUCCCAGUUUGGAACCAUCUCGCGGCAGAUUUCACGGCACAACCCCUCCAACUCCUCUGUCUCUAUGGUUUCGGCCACGGGCACCUACCGCCGGGCGCCGUCGGUCACUUCCCAGUUCUCCUUGCAGCAGCAGCAACAACUUCAGCAGCAACAGCUACAGCAGCAGCAGCAGCAGCAGCAGCAACAACAACAACAACAACAACAACAACAACAGCAGCCUCAUAUUAACGGAGGCACUCCAGGCUAUGGUCAGAAUUCAAUGUCUAUCGCUCCUCCUCCUCCCCCCAUGCCCCAGCUGACUCCACAGAUACCUCUGACUGGCUUUGUGGCCAGGAUGCAGGAGAGCAUUGCAGAUACUCCUACUCCUCCUCCCCCUCCUCCUCCAGACGACCUGCCGAUGUUCGACGACUCUCCUCCCCCUCCGCCGCCUCCUCCGGUUGAUUACGAGGAGGAGGACGCCGCCGUGGUGCAGUACAAUGACCCCUACGCUGACGGAGACCCACAGUGGGCGCCCAAGAACUAUGUGGAGAAAGUGGUGGCCAUCUACGACUACUCCAAAGACAAGGACGACGAGUUGAGCUUCAUGGAGGGGUCCAUCAUCUACGUCAUCAAGAAGAACGACGACGGCUGGUAUGAAGGCGUCAGCGGCGGCGUCACCGGCCUGUUCCCGGGCAACUACGUGGAGUCCAUCAUGCACUACGCCGACUGAAGAGACCCGACAGUAACAGUACGGUCUAUUUAUUCAGUCAUAUCAUAAAUCCAAUGACGGACUGACCGCCGCCGCCGCCGCCGCCGCAGCAAUCUCCACUCACCUGAGACGCAUAGACAUAACUGUAUGACCCUACUUUUUGAUAUGACAGAAUGUUCUUCCCCUUAACUGAUUGCAAAUAAAAUGAAAAGUAAUAUCUAUUUAGUUUAUUUUGGUGUUAUAUGGGCGGGUGGGGGACAUCUAUGGAAUAUGUAAAAAAAAAAACAAGUUUCUAAGGAUUCAGACUGCACGUGCUCACAACGGUUGAACUCAAAGACGCUGGUCGAACAGCUGAAGGACUCCAUCUCUCCUGGACAAAGAUAUAUGUGAACAAGAGUAUAAUGUCUGAUGGAACAAAGAAGUGUUUGUACGGUCACUUGUAAAUAACGUGAGCUGCAGAAACUCGGGUUUAUGUAAUGUGAAAUUCAGUGAAUGUUGAUUAUAUGAUAGUUUUUAUUAGUGGUGCCCUCCUUUGACUCCAUCGUGUGUGGAAGAGAAAACGCACAUGGCCUGUCGAUAAUCUACUAAAUUAAAAACCUGUAUGAUGUAUUUCAGAGACGAACAAAAUACUCCUGUUGAUCCGUCGUUGGCGUCAAAGCAUGCAAAUUCUUUGAAGGAUGAAAAUGUAAUCUUGAGUUUUAUCGCCAUUAUGCUUCCAUUUAGUUGUAAAUGUGUCCACGUUUAUUUUGUCACCUUUAUUACGCUCUUUAAAUCUCUGAACUUCCAGAGUGAAUUUCAGGCUUCCCAACAAUCUCAGCCUCCAGAUUGCUUUUAAUUAAACAUCAUGAAAAUGAAACCGAGUUCACGUUUUCACACGUUGUGAUCUGUUCGAUGUGGAAGCUCUCAGCCGACAUGCGUCCAUAUAUUUUUAUUUACUCUAAUUUCCUGCGAUAACGAGUUCAUUCCAAUUGUUUUCUCGAGAUCUUGACUCGUUUUUUCUCGCGUUUUCGGGAUAUCAAACCAACAAACUGUUAUGACAGAUUAAAUCUCCUGUGGGGAACUUUUGGUUUGCGUCCAUUUUGGCGCCCCCCUGUGGACAAAGAGGUACAUCUACUCUGCUGAUCUUGUUCUUGCAUUAAGUCUUGUCUUCUUAAGGAACAUCCCAUCCUGAUUUCCUUUAACAGUCAAACUUAUCACUGUUCAUCUUUGCUGUGUAGAACAUAAACAAAGACUUUUUCUAUUUACCAACACCUACAAACAUAUUACAAAAAACUAAUUUCAGUCUUUUUCAAAACCUUAAUUUAUCUCAUUGUCUCAUGACAACAGGAAUAUGUUUGGCAAUCUAGAAAACCAGUCAGGGCGCUGUUGGCCUAGCAAUUAGGUAGCGCCCCAUGUACAGAGGCUGUGAUCUGCUGGGGGGGGCGUGGACUGGUUUCAAGUCUGACCUGCACCUUCUUUCCUGAGUCAUUCCCCACUCUCUUUCCAGAGUACCUGUUCUACAUCCUGUCCUCUCUAAGUUAAGGCAAAACCCAAAAAUAAUUAUUUAAAAAAACAACAGGCUGUUUAUCUCAACAUGCCGUGCUGCCAUCGCCCACACUAAGAGGCACGUUUUUCUACGUUUGUUUUGUGCUUUUGGAACUCUGAGGAUACAAGAUAUAAAUAAGUCGAGAUCCCAACAAACAUGUUGAAAUCACCAGUGAUAAAUGUGUGGCUGCAUGUCCGCUUAAGGCUUCCAUAGAGAGAACAUGUUCCAUGUGUAGCUUCUAAUAUCACAUCACUGUUAUUAGCUUUACUCUAAUCCACUGAACACCUGUAGGAUCUGCUGUUAAACAUGAAGACAA